AAGAGAGCCUUUUAUUUUCAUUCCUCCCCGAUUUCUCAAAAAACAAGAUACCCGUGACCCAUCAAAGUCAUUUUGAAGUUUCCCCAUGUCGACCCUAAAGCGCGACAAAAGCAAAUCCAAAUCGAAGGUCCGCUUAACCGACGAACAGAUCGAAUCUUUCAAAAACGAAUAUUCGAUCGAUGACCACUUAAUCAGUCUUCGCGAACUCGAAAUCAGACACAACACCAACAUCAAACGCGGCCUAACCGAAAUCCAAGCCCACGAGCGCCUCCUCCGAGACGGCCCCAACUGUCUUGAAGCCCCACCCGGGAAAUCCCGUUGGUUGAUUUUGGCAAACUUUCUAUUUUGUGGCUUCAAUGCCUUGUUAUGGCUCGCGGUGAUUAUGGCUUUUGUCACUUUUGCCAUAACGAAGUCACAGGGGAAGCCAGCGGCUGAGGAACAACUCUACUUUGCCACCGUUGUCCUGAUUGUGAUCCUCUUCACUGGAUUUUUUAGUUUUUACCAAGAGGCCGCCAACGUUGCUAUUAUUGAAGGUUUUCAGAAAUUGACACCAAAAUCAGCCACGGUUAUACGAGACGGCGAAAGGCGUGUCAUACCAAGCGAGGACGUUGUGAUUGGUGAUUUGGUGGAGCUAAAGGCGGGCGAAUGGAUACCCGCCGAUGUUAGAUUGGUCAAAUGUCAAUCAUUGAAGGUUGAUAACAGCGCAAUCACCGGAGAAUCCAACCCACAGAGUCGCUCCUCGGAAUUAUCAGACCCUUUGGCAAUAGAAUCGCCAAAUUUGGCCUUUUUUAGCACGUGUGCCGUCGAGGGGAGUGGCAUGGGCGUGGUUAUCAAACGCGCCGAUGACACUCUGAUUGGUGCAAUCGCCAACUUGGCCACCUCCCUCGAGAAGGGAACCACGCCCAUCCGGAAAGAAAUCAACUAUUUUAUCAAAUUCAUCACGGUUUUGGCUUUCGGGAUCGGUACGAUUUUUUUCAUCGUUUGUAUAGCCUACGGUUAUGAUUUUUUCACAAGUUUUACGUAUUUUAUCGCUUUGAUUAUUGCAAAUGUUCCGGAAGGACUUCCGGUUACUUUAACUGCCUGCAUGACGCUUACUUCCAAACGAAUGGCAUCGAAAAAUUGUUUGGUCAAGAAACUGGAAGCUAUAGAAACGCUAGGUUGCACUAGUGUCAUAUGUUCGGACAAAACAGGGACUUUGACCCAAAACAAGAUGAAAGUUGUCCAUCUCUACUAUGACAACCAAGCGUAUUAUGUCAUGGUGGACGGGGAAUCCCUUGAAAGGGAGAGCCAGGCUUUCCAGGCCCUGUGCCAGGUUGCAGUGCUUUGUAGCCGGGCGACGUUUGUGAUUGGUCAAGAGCAUCUCCCUUCAAACGAACGGGAAACAAUAGGGGAUGCGAGUGAAUCGGCUUUGUUGAAAUGUAUGGAAAUGUUGUUGGGGAAUGUGUCGACAAAACGAAGGGAUAAUCCUAAGGUGUGCGAAAUCCCCUUCAAUUCGACCAACAAAUACCAAGUUUCGAUUCACCGGAUCAAGGGCCAAUUUAUCCUUUUGAUGAAAGGCGCCCCCGAACGCAUCCUGGACCGUUGUGCCACAAUCCUGCGAUUUGAGGAAACCUCAACCCUGACCCAGGACAUCAAAAACGGGAUCAUGCGCGCGAUCAACAAUCUGGGAUUAAAAGGCGAACGCGUUCUGGCUUUCGCCGAUUUGCAGCUACCUUCAGGGAUUUACAACAGUAGUUACGCCUUCGAUCCUGAGAAAAAAAACUUCCCAUUGACUGGAUUAAGGUUUGUUGGGUUGAUUUCGAUGAUGGACCCUCCACGUCCCGCAGUUCCUGAUGCUGUCCGUAAAUGUAAAACUGCAGGGAUUAGGGUCAUCAUGGUUACGGGGGAUCAUCCCAUCACGGCUGCUGCGAUAGCAAAGCAAGUCGGGAUUUUGUCGCAGCAAAGUAUAACGUCUUAUGACAUUGCGUUGCGAAGAGACGUUUCAGUCAGUUUGGUUACUGAUAAGGAGAAAAGUAUGUGUAAUGCGGCUGUUAUCACCGGGAGUGAUUUGAGGGAAAUGACAACCACUGAGCUACAGAAUAAUAUGUUGACGUAUCAGGAGAUUGUGUUCGCGAGGACGAGUCCGCAACAAAAAUUGAAAAUUGUGGAGGCGUUUCAGAAGCUGGGGCAUAUUGUGGCUGUGACGGGGGAUGGGGUUAAUGAUUCUCCAGCCUUAAAGAAGGCCGAUAUUGGCAUAGCGAUGGGAAUUGCCGGCACAGACGUGUCCAAAGAGGCCGCUGACAUGAUCCUCCUUGACGACAAUUUUUCGUCAAUAGUCACCGGAGUAGAAGAGGGUCGUCUCAUCUUCGACAACUUAAAAAAGAGCAUUGCCUACCUCCUGACCUCAAACGUGCCCGAAAUAGUGCCGUUUAUCGCCAUGGUCUUCAUAAACAUACCCCCCGUGAUCGGUAUUUUAGCCAUAAUGGUCAUCGAUGUUGGGACGGACCUAUGGCCAGCCAUCAGCCUCGCGUACGAGAAAGCCGAAGCUGAUAUAAUGACUCGCCGACCCCGCGACCCCUUCUACGACAAACUCGUCAACCACCGCUUGAUUCUGCUGACGUACGCCCAAAUUGGGGUCAUUCAGACGUGUGCCAGCUUCGCGUCGUAUUUUCUGUGCAUGAUGGAGCAUGGGUUUUUCUGGGGUCUCCUCGUAGGUUUAAGACACGAUUGGAUCGAUAAGGAUAAGAUAGUUAUAGAUUCGUAUGGUCAAGAGUGGACGUUCGAAGAGCGGAAGAUUUUAACGAGGAAGUGUUAUAGUAGUUUUUUUCUGUCGAUAGUUUUGACACAAGUGGCUGAUUUGAUCAUUUGUAAAACGAGGAGACUGUCGCUGUUUCAGCAAGGAAUGACGAACUGGGUGCUAAAUGCGGGGAUUUUUGUCGAGUUGAGUAUUGCAGCGUUGGCGGUUUAUUGCCCAGGGUUGAGGAUGCUGCUGGAGUUUGAACCGAUCACUUUGGAUAUUUUGGUGCCCACUUUACCGUUCGCGAUUAUUAUUUUCUCGUUUGAUGAAGUGAGGAAGUUUUUUAUCAGAAAGUACCCCGGUGGGCUCAUCGAUUUGGAGACUUAUUAUUAAUUUAUUAUUUUUAUGGUUCAAAUGAUUGUUGAUAAAUUUAG